GUUCCCAGGCCUUUCACAAGAUAUUCACCAAGACGAGCUCUUCCUUUCACGCUGCCAACAUCAUGCAACUUUUGGCACCAACGAUAUGCUUUGGGUCGGUUCUUCUCAAAACCAUUGACUCCUCUGGCAAAACCUUCUACCACUUUCAGCAUGCCCUCAUUGCCAUCAUUUGUCUUUUGUAGCAAUUCUUCCUUCUCCUUCAUCUGCUGGGAUUUUUUGUUCCAAGAUUCCACCAAAUCGCCUUGAAUAACACCAUUCUCGAUCAAAGUCUCAAUCAAGCUUUUGAUUUGCGUGGCAGGCACAAGGGUGUCUCCCAUUGGUUUAUUGGUGAUUGGGGAUUUGAUUGCAGCACCACGGUCACGCUGUGUGUUGAAGUGAGUCUUGAUUGCCUCUUCUUCAUAUGUGCGACCAUCCAAGCAUUGACAGGAACCAAGGGGAGCUCUCUGGUGAUGGGGCAGAUUAGAUCAUCGGCAGGAUUGAAUUCUUCUUCUGACGCUUGUUGUUGCUCGUGCUGUUUUCGUCCUCUUGUGAGUCUUCGACAUCUCUUUUGCCCCGGGCCGAUUGCGUUUCGGCACUCAUCUUACUUCCUUUCUUAUCAGGGCGACCAGUAAAUACAGGCAACUACUGGAGCUAGCUAGCAGCAAUGGUCUCUUGCUGUUGUCCUCGAAGUGAUGGUCGACGCCUCCUUGGUCCUUGGAGCCUUGGGCAAUGACACCCUCCGUUUUGUAUUUUAUGGACGAGAAUCCAUUUUUUACUUUUCUCGUUUUUACAAAGCUUUUGACGCGGGGCCAGUCCAUCUCACAGGCACCGUGGAAACUCCACCGAGGAUGGCGUUGCUCAGCGUGUUGACGCAAUCGCAAAGGACCUUAUCUGGCUACCGGUACUCAUGGAGACUACGAGUAUGCCUCUCUGAAACAGUUUUUCAAACAGUCAAGCCAGAAAAGUAAAGUCAAGCAUUUCGCUACUCUGUCUCUCCCCAUGCCCAAACCCAAGGAAUCUUCCGCCGGUGAAGCAACCCUGAGGGUUGGUGACGGCGGAACUGAUGAAACCAAAGAGAAGCUAGCACAGGAGUUAGCGGAAUCCACCACCAAGAAAAAGACACGAGCAUCGAAGAGCGUCAAGAGAUCCCAGAACGAAAGCCCUGGUAAGGACAAGAAACGAACGAAGACCAAAGAGUCAGGAGAACACGUCGGCGUGGCGACAACUCAAGACAAUGUUGAUGGCACCUCCGAGAAGGCUUUGAACCAAGCCAAAAGCGCUGACGACCUACCAGCAAAGGCCAAGGCAGACAAAGUUAAGACGGGGAAGAAGCGAAAGGAAACCAGUCAAUCCAAGUGCAAAACUUCACGUACCAAAAAGACAAAGGGUUCUACCAAACCCAAGAGUGAUAUCCCCUUUGAUCAGCAGAUUCUGGCGGUUCUGAAGCGGAACUUCAGGUUUGGCGCCAAGAAAGUCCACUUCAAAGAAAUCAGCAGGGAGCAUGGGCACCAUGAACGCUCGACAAACUGGAUCAAUGCCUUCAAGCAGCUUACGGCAGACGGUAUGGUUGCAUCCGACGCUGUAAUGGGCAAUUAUGAAUUGACGGAAGUUGGGAUUGCUCAUGUUGCGAAUGGUGACGACAUGGAUAUGAACAAUGUGUCUUGCAGCCAGGAAGCGUACGAAGCGUACCUGAAGGGGCGCUUGAAGAUGAAGAGAGGCAAGGAAAUCUUUGACUUGCUCAAAGAGCACGGAUCGCUUGCCAGAAAGGAACUCGCCGCUCUAAUUGGCAUCAGUGACAGAUCCCACUCUUUUAGUGGUGCUUUGAAGGAGCUGAAGGAAGCUGGGCUCUUGGAUGUUGACCCAGAAUACAAGGGCAGGGGCAAGAAGCACUGCUUGUCUCGCAAAGCAUUCUUGAAAGGAACGCCUAAUGCCUUAGUUACAGCCAAGCCCUCGCCGACUGCGGAAGCCGAAGAUCAAACCAAAGAGCAAGCCAAGGGGAGCAUGAGCUGCAAACCAGCAACUGAACCUACCGAGAAGGGUGAUGAGAUGGGCAACCCAGAUGAACAAGCCGUUCAAGACGAAACCAGGGAGGUGCUAGAGGACAGUGCGAUGGCGGAGAAGGAUGAUGCCACCAGGGAGGAUGGCGGCAAAGAGGAACCACAAUCUGGAAACGGAGAUCUCUCUCCCAAAGAAUCACCGAAGCGCAGCCCUGGAGAAGAGAACGCGGAAAGUGGCUCAGAGCAAGCCGAGCGUGAAGACGAUGACUCCGUUAAAGCCCAGGAAGGAGCAAAUGUGUCCUGCAAGAACUCUGAGCCUGAGUUUACUAAGGUGGGAGAUGAGAAACCUGCGGAUGGCGAGGAAAAGAAGGUGGACGCGGCUGAGCCGGCUAGCAAUGCUCCAACCAAGGCCCCGAAUCAGAGCGAAGACCCAACCAGCAUAAAAACUGAUGGCUGUGUCAUGCUAACCGAGAAUGCCACGAAGGAAGCCAUGGAAGGGUCCACUGCGAUGAGUGAGGCGUUCGCGCCCUGCAAGGAAAAGCCUGAGUCUGAGUUUACCGAGAAGUCUGUUGGUGGCAACCAGAAAGCAUCCAAUGGAGGAGCCACACAAGUUUCCCCUUCACCAAAACACAGUACAGAACAGCACGGUUUUUCAAGGGAGGAUGCCCGUUCAGACAACGAAGCAGACGAUACACCUUCGCCUUGCAUGUCGGCAAGUGACAACAUUUUGAAUGGUCCAGAAACGAAGCUUUCCAAAGUUGACAACAGCGAUGACGAGCCUGCAGAUGCGAAAGACCACAGUGUCAUGGAUGACAAGCAACCAGCCUGCGGCAGUCCAAGCACCUUUGACCAGAACGCCGAGCCUGUCGCAAAAGAUAAAACAACAGAGGGCCAUUCCGCAGAAGAGGAAGGAAAGGGCGGAUCUUCCAAGCUGGCAGCUGACAACCCUUCACAGGAUCACAAGACAGAAUCCAAUGAGGGCAAGGGGUCUGAGUUGGAUGGUGCUUUGCAGAGCGAUGAACCCAAUGACAAGCGGCCGUCAAGUCAGGCAAUAGCCACUGAUUUGGCACCUGGCGCACUAGUCAAUGCCAAUCCUGAUAAGUCUACCAAGGAUCCCUGCGAGAUACAAGAAGUUGAAGCCAAGGGAGAGAUCUCUUUGACGCGAUCAAAUGACAAAGUCGUGGCGACAAACUCGGGGAGUCUCAGUUCUCGUGAUACAAGCCCCGCCAAGAGUACAGGUACCGAAGAGCCUCCAAGCCAACACGUUCAGACUUUGAAAGUGAAGGAGCCUUCUCUGGAUGCUGUUGAAGCGGAGGACACAAACGGAGAGCUUGACACGAAGAAGACAGGCACAAGCAGUGACCUUGACCUUUCCACAUUCACCAUCCCAAGAAAAGAAAAGACACGGGCUCAUGGCACUGCUGUGAACAACAUGAAGCACGAAAGCACUCCCACAAGAGAGGUCGCCGCCACAAAAACUAUGCAAACCCAGGCGAAGAUGGCCAUUAGUGUUGGAGAGCAACGUAGUAGCAUGACGCAGACCAAGCCAAAGAAGCCAACCGUGCAAGUAUCAGGAGCUGCUCCGAAGGAAGGACAAGGACAUGCCAAGACAGGGAAGCCCCCAAGAGCUCGAGAGCACGGUGAAGUAGAGGAAGGGGAGAUCAUUGAAGCUGUCUUUCAUGGGAACUCGUUUUGAAGCAGUUUGGGCUUGUAUGUAUGGCAGAGGCUCUAUCCAGCUUGAAGAAACACAGGAACAAAUGAAGGAGACAUCGGAUAUAAGUCCGUCCACGUCCUUCCGCACCCUGCAUGCAAUCAAACAAUGCUAUACCAUUCCAAGGUGCACCGAUCUAUCGCAACACCUAUUACGUAGUCAUCAUUGCAAGGGCUGCUAUUUGCUUCUUAUUAGCUACCAGUAGUAGUAGUACUAGUAUCUAAUAAUCACCACCGCCGCCGGCAUCAUCACCAAACAAGCCACCUCCCGCAGGGGCCUCUUCUUCUUCUUCCUCGGGUUCGGGAGCAGCUGCUUCAGCGGCACCGCCACCACCGCCGCCGCCUCCUCCUCCGCCGCCGCCACCACCGGAUCCAACAAACUUGCUAGGAUCCUUGAGGUAUUCCUUGACUUCAUCGGCCUUGGCAAACGAGUAGCCUUCCAAAUUAAUGGUAAUGGCAAGCACGGCACGGUACGCAUUGACCAAACUGUGUGGCACGGAUGCUUCCGUGGGGAUUCCCGUAGCCAGCGACAAACUGGCAAUGAGAUUGAGUGCUUCGCAGAAUUUGGCCGCCAAGACAUCGUCAGUGAUAUCCAACACCUUGGCAUCAAAGAGGGAUCCGCAAUCGUAAACGGCCUUGAGGACGAGACCGUACGUAAAGGGUUCAAUGCCGAGUUUUUGCAAGAGAGCUGCCUGCGAUGCCGUCACCUUUUCUCCCUCUUGAAUGAGGUCGGUAUCGUUCACCAUUUCAAUUUGACCACGCGAAAUCUUGGUGGCAAUUUGCAAGGUUUGGAAAAAAGCAGUUUGACCGGGAUCACAUCCAGUGGGUCCUUUGGGCACAACGACCUUACUGGGAGCCAAGGAACCGACUUUGGCAGGAGCGGGACGCGUGUUGGAUUCGAGCACGGUACGAAUGUCACCCAAAUCGUCAUUCGUAAAGACGAAACCGACAUUGCCACGGCAGACUUCGGAGAGUUUUUCGACGGGACUUCCGGGAUUCUCUUCAACGUAUUCCGCAAUGAUUUUACGCAUCAUGGUGUUCUUGCCCAUGAGGACUUCCGCCUUGCCACGGAGUGUCUUACGAGUCGUUUGGAGCUGGUUGGAACCCACAUUGUCCACACCUACAAUGAAUGCCUUGUUGUAGGUUGACAUGAGCUCCUUCAUGCGCUCGAAGUAUUCGGCUUUGCGUUCGGCAGAGAGAGGCAUCUUGGUAGUUUUGUUUGUUUACUUAGUAAAAAAGAAAAAGGGGUAUAGAUCUUCGGGCGAAGGUAGCAAAGAGCUAUCCAACAAUUUAACCGAAGAAGGAGUGUCUAAAAGACAGGAAACAGCAGAGUACGUCUGAUGUUUGUAGGAAAUGAUGAAAACAGAUAACAAACGGCAACAAGGACGGAUGAGAUACUGAUUUUAGUAACGAGCUGUAGCCGUCACAAGUCAUACAACAACGCCAUGGUCCUCAACUCACCUGAACGGAGACAAACCCUUGUUUCGAAUGGUUCGAUGGAGAGCCAACUAAAGGAUUGAAAGCCAUCAAAGCUGAACUGUACUUUCUACGCCUCAGGUCUGGAAACAAUUGCUCGCCCUGCGUCAAAUAAGAAGGUGGUGGCAUCCAGCCAUGGUUUCCUCUAACGCUUCUAGUCGUG